AUGCCGAAGCAAAUGCCGACGGAUCUAAGUCCGAACAGUGCUAGAAACAUUGAGUUCCUGCGACAAUACCUGAGUUCGAUCAGCCAGUUCCGCGAUCUGACAGUUAUGAAUGGUUGGAGAUGCUUGAUAUGCGCCAAGCAUGUGGCUCUAGCGGAGAUGUACGAACAUCUCGCCCGAGAGCACGCUCAGGAGGAAAAACGAAUCUCACGGCUGACGUUGAUGCCGCCGGACGAGUUCCGCGAGAUCGUCUCCCGACAGCCCAACCCACCGCCGACUUUUGAGCCUUGGACGGACUUGCUAACUUCAGUGGCGUUACUCAGGCCGGACAAGAAACUCACAUGCUCGCCAAACAGCACCCAAGCCUUCUCCGAUCCCCAAGCGCCAGACAAGGGUGAAGGAGACUGUGCGAACUUGUGGGACACCGCAGACGAGAAGAAAGUUGGCGCGGGCGGUAGAGCGGCGGGGGGAGUCGUCGUCGAGUGCAGAGCGGCGGGCAGUGAUCUCGACCUCGGGCGCCGGUCAGGAGUGAGAUUAUGCGAGCGCAAUGCAUAUUCGAUGGGAGCCGGCGGUGCAUUUGCGCGGUUCAAUUUGUCCGAGGUAGCUCAGAUGCCACCAGUAGGUCGGACCUUCAAGGCGCUGCUCGUCCCUAUCGCGCUAGUGAUGGUCCCGAUCAGCAUCGGCAUCGGCAUCGGACUCAGCGACCCGGCCAGGCUACGAAGCUCUUUCUACUCGCAUCCGCGAGAAUGUUAA